AUGGCAACUGAAGUCGCUUUAUCAGCGUCAAAUACGGAUAACACUAUUUACGUAUGGGACAUUCGGUCUGGUUCGAGUUUAUUUUCUUUCAAGCAAUCCAUGUCACAAAAGGGUGGUCUUGCACUCGUUGCUAAGCCUUCCUCCAGUUUCCAAAUCGGCUCCAUCGUCACAGCUCAAACCGAUCGUGCCAUUCUUAAUGUGUAUCAAUGGCAUCGCGAUCAAGUAUUGCACAAGAUGACAACAGCAGAAAAGAUGAUUUGUGUUGCUUCAUCAAACCAGGGCCAAUAUUUAGCGGCAGCUACAGCAAGUGGUAAAGUAUAUUUGUGGCAUAUACCUACAGGUCAUCUGGUACGUGUUUUUGAAGCACACUACAGACGUAUUACACGAUUAGCAUUUAGUUAUGAUGAUGCUACCUUGUUAACUGCAAGUGAGGAUGCAGCUGUGAAUGUUUGGUUGGUAGCACAUCUGGUUCAACCCAUGAAUGAUGAAGGACAUGACAUGACUAAUCGACCUUCUCCACUUUAUUCUUGGUCCGAUCACACAUUACCCGUGACAGAUAUGUUUAUUGGAGGUGGUACUUUAUCAAGUGCUCGUGUUUGUACUGCCAGUUUAGAUCAUACUGUCAAAUUAUGGGAUUUAGCAACUGGACAACUGCUAACAACGUUUUUAUUUCCAAAACCGGUGUCAAGCGUCAUCAUGGACCCUGCAGAAAUUAUGCUAUUUGCUGCAUGUGAGGAUAAGAUUUAUACAUUUGAUUUAUACAGACGACGUGAAGAUCAAUCAUAUAAGGUAUCCACAGUAGAAAGUGUCGGCGGUAUGGGUAGAGUAGAAUCAGUGGGUAUUCAAGAAGUAUCAGGUGCAAUGAAACAAAAGUCGGGCGAAGAAAAGAGAUCUGGAAUAGGUUCUAUUUUUGUAGGACAUACAGGAAACAUUAAUUCACUUGCCUUAUCAUUUGAUGGCACAUUAUUGAUUUCAGGUGCAGAGGAUGGUCAAUGUAUUGUAUGGGAUGUCAUGAGUCGACAGCCUUUACGUAAAUUUGAAUCACAUAAGGGACCUGUGAGUCAUGUAUCUUGCUUUUUAAAACCAUUAGAAUUGUAUGCUACUGAUGUAUCUACUCAGCCUAUACCAUGGAAGCCACUAAAACGUGCUAUGGCUACAGCUGAAGAAGAACAUCGUGAUGCAAGUCAACAAAUGAUUCAAAAUACCAAUAUGGAUUUAGCUGCACAUCAACAGCUUGUUGAAGCUGGUCCUCUUUAUUCCACACUAUCUAAUGAAUUAAAGCCCGUACAAAAAGCAUCAGAUAUAAUUCGAGACAUGAAGACGGAUGACUCAAAUAUUGGUUUACAAAAUCAAGUAAAUGCACUUCAGGCAGAACUGGUUCGACUACACGAACAUCAUGUGAAAUCAAAGGCAUUGCAUAAUGAAAUGUAUACAUUACUUGUAGAUAAGUUUAUGGAAGAAAGACGAAACAAGAGAAAAUUAGAAGAGAAUGAUGAUGAGGAAGAAGAAGAAGAUAAUGACGAUGAUGAGUAA